AUAAAGUCCGCUUCCUGGCAUGGGCGAUUUUACUGUGCCUCGCUCAUUCACCAUACGCUACCGUCACUGAAACAUCAUUACGAAAAAAUCAUCAUUAUUUUUGUGAAGCAAUGAAAACUUACAUGUUUUGGAGUGUGCUUGUUUUUACAUAUUUAGGAACUGUAAUAUGUGAAAAACCGCUGGGUAGGCGACGAGCAGUGCCCGUGAUUUACGUCCAAGGAUCUCAUUACGAUGUCGGAUAUGACGUGGGUCGUACAUUCUCGUCCAUCAUUAAAAACUUCAUUGCCACGUAUGAAAACCUGAGGGACUUCGAGAAGGAGUACAAGACAGAUGCAGGGCGCGAUGCAUAUGAUAAGACACUUGCCAACAUGAAGCAACGUUUUCCGUAUUACAUCAAGGAGAUUCAGGGCGUCGCUGACGGUGCCAACGUGCCAUUCCAAUCGCUUUUCCUCUUGCAAAUGGACGAUAUUAUCGGAACAAUCAACGAUAAUCAUGUACCGAGGAACGAUACCGGUGGCUGCAGUUCUCUGGCAAUUAAAACUCCAAAAAGCGCCGUUUUGGGUCACACUGAAGACGCAUUUAGCGAAACACUAAAUCAUUUCUACAUAAUGUCUGCACAUAUAAUACCGACCCCAGAAGACAAGGAAAGAGGGGCAGUCGAAGAGAGAUUUGCGUCACUUUGCUACGCAGGUAAUAUGCCAGGAUAUACCAUGGGAUACAACGGCAAUGGUUUAGUGUUUUCAAUCAACACUCUCAGUCCCUUAACCCUGAAGCCUGGAAAUACACCGAGAACUUUCAUAACACGUCGUCUAUUGGCCUCUAAAAACUUCGCUGAUGCUGAGAGGAUCUUACGCGAUGAAGGACUUGGUAUUGCGAAUGGAUUUUCUAUUAACAUGAUUUGGACGGACAAGAGUGGAGGAAGAAAGAUCUAUAACGCUGAAGUGGCUCCAGAUCUAACGGGUGAUAGGUCACUGGUUAAUAUUGAAGGAUUUGCUGAUGAGCCAUUGAUACAUGUAAACAUAUACCGAAGGAUUAAACUGAAAGAAGUUAUAGGACCAAUUAUAGAUAGUAGCACUGCCCGCCUUAAAGCCAUACAUGCACAUCCAACGCCGAAAACUCAAAAAGAUAUCAAAGACAUCCUAUCUGACACGAGCGGCACCGACUUCCAAGUAUUCCAAGAGAAAAAGGAUACCGUCAUCAAAACUAUUGCUGCUGGUCUUUUCGAGCUAGAUAAGAUGACCUGGAGCAUUUUCAUCAACAAACCAAAUAUAUCAGAGCCUGUUGCUGUUUUACCAAUAAGAUUUUCAAUGCUAGAAAAAGAAUAAUACCAUAAUAUACACGAACUCAUGCCUAGUUUAAGAAUUAUAUUGUAGAAGAUUAUUUAAAAAAAAGUUAGUUGAACCUCAUUAUUAUAAAUACCUAAAUCCUACAUUAAUAAAUUAGAGAGGCUCUCAAACUAUAGAUUUCAUUCGUCUGUCUUAAGAAAAACAGAGGGGUUAGGAGCUAGAUAGUAUAAAAAUAAAUAAAGAGCGUCAGUAUAAUUCCACAUAUUCACUAAGUGAUCAGUGACGCAGCUUGCCUUGGAGGGGCCCGUAUUAAAGUUAGUUGGGGGUCCCAAUAACCAGCGGAGAAUCCCGAAGAUUUCUCUUUAGCAGUUAUUUUAUAAUUAUUGUUUUUUUUUUCUAUGGGAAGCACCAAAGUAAGUAAAAUUGUGGGAUACAUUUUACUCAUUUUUGCUUUCAUACUUAAAACCCCCGGACUACAGGGGCCCCCUGUAGUCCGGGGGCCCCGUAUUAUUGAUACGGCUAUUACGGCGGUAGCUACGCUCCUGGAAGUGAUAGAUACAGUCAAGUAAAGCCUACUAGUAGUAGCCUACUAGAUAUAUGAAACGCGUUGGCUUUUAGCAUUUUCUGUUCUGUGUGUAAUACCUAGGUAUAUUCAAUUAUAUUAUAAAAUAAAUAAAAUGUAUAUUCUAUUUAGAACGGUGUUACCGCAACGUAAAUGUUCCUUGUUCUGUGGUUACACGUAUUUAUCACAUAUAACGUUACGUACGUAUGGUCAAAAGUUGGUGAACAAAAUCAGGGGCCGAUACAGCAAUGAAAAAUUAUGCCGUCCUUUACAUACACCAAAAAUCUUUUUUUUUAUUAAUAUAUUGUUAGAAUAGUAUAGUUUUUUGAGCCUAGUUAGUUAUGUAAAAAUACUAAACUAGUUAAAGGAAAUAUAAAAUAAGUAUGCUGGGGGAUAAGUCAAUUUUGUCGCACUUCAUUUUUGUCGCUCUGAACUUUCCUAUAAAAAUAGUUUAUACAAGUCAAUCGUAAGCAGUCUCGAAGGCUUGAGGAAGUUUGAAUUAUCUACGUAUUAUUAGGCUCAAUAAAGUCAAAAGUGAAAGUUCAUUUAAGGUUCUUAUUUCUUUUACAAGCACUUUCAGUAUCGUCAGGUAAUAAUAUUAUGAGAUAACUAGCGGACGCCCGGGUGCUUUUCAGUUUUUUACAAAUCCUAUGGGAACCAUGGAUUUUUCUGGGAUGAAAAGUAGCCUACGUGUUAAUCCAGAGUAAAAUCUCUUUCAGACAAAUCGCUUCAGUAGUAGCGGCGUUAAAGAGUAGAUAACAAACAUCCAUACAAACUUUCACGUUUAUAAUAUUAGUAGGAAGUAGGAUGGUGAUAAUAAUUAUUCGAUAAUAUAAAAUUGAAGUUACAAGUAUCCAAGUUACUUUAAGUUAUCUCGAUAUAUAAGGGACAAAAUAUUCUUCCUCUUAAUGAAAUGUGCUAAAUUUCUGUUAUUUAUGAAAAUAAAUUAUAGUGUGAUACA